AGGCCUAAAAUGGUUUAAUUGUCAGAAUUUUAUUUUAUUAUUAUUUUCUUUUACUCAAGCAGUUAAUGAGAGGUUAAAAUGGGAAAGACACCAUUCCGGGAACAUCAGCAAAGAAAGGGAAAACUUUCCAAGAAAGUGUAGCGGGGCCUCGUUUCCACAGUUGUUGACUUGUACAGCUUAUUGAAAGGUUAUAGAAACUGUAUAAUACAAUCAAAAUCUUCAAACACUGCAUUAGAAUAACAAGCCUGUUGAAUGGACUCUGAGAUUAUAACGCAUAAUGGUGGUUGCCACUGUCGGAGAGUAAGAUGGCGAGUGCAAGCACCUAGCAGGGUGGAAGCUUGGGAUUGCAACUGUUCAGACUGUUCUAUGAGGGGAAACACCCACAUCAUUGUUCCAGCUGAGAGAUUUGAACUUUCUGGAGACUCCAAACAGUUUAUCACAACUUACACUUUUGGAACUCAUACCGCAAAGCAUACAUUUUGUAAGGUUUGUGGCAUAACAUCAUUCUAUUAUCCUCGUUCGAAUCCAGAUGGGGUUUCAAUUACAUUCAGGUGUGUUGACCCUGGUACUCUAACCCAUAUUGAGGUUAAGCAAUAUGAUGGAAGAAAUUGGGAAGGCUCUUACAAGAAGGCAGGUAUUGCUUCAUGUUCAAAAAUGGAGAAUGUGCAAAACUAAAAUUUGAAUGUGAGAAUGAGAGUUUCUUCAUGCCCUAUGAGUAGAUGAGGAAUAAAACAAAGAGAAAGUCUUUCAUUAAUUUUUCUUGAACUGUUAGUGUUUAAUUUUAGUCCUUUUUAUUUCUUUACGUUUUAAUGAUGUAAAAGCAUGGACUUCGAUGAAUGUAACAAUCAUAUUCUAUUUGAACAAACCUUUUUGAAA